AUGGCCAGAACGAAAACUCAGGCUACUCGAAAACGAAGCAGAAGCCAAAGGCAAUCCGAAGCUGCACCAUCUACACCUAGAGCGCCAAAAUCAUUGAGGACAAGAUCAACAGCAAAUACCCAACAAGAGGAAAAAGCACCGCUUCCAUCCAGGGACAGUAUCUCUCCGGGAAAUUCGGAAGUACCAGAAGACAUGGAAGUACGAAUGAUUACCCAGAAGCUUUCCCAUGAAGUUAACCGUUGGACUGCUGAAGCUUUAGUUGCAAUUCAGGAGGAGAGGAUUUUUUUGGUUCAUUUGUUUGAAGAUGGGAUGCUAUGCGCAAUUCAUGGAAAACGCGUUACAUUAAGUGAUGAAAAAGGAUUUGGAGCUGGCUCGUCGGCUUGGAGCAAAGGGACGACCUUGGUGAGAGUGUCACAGUACAAGAGCAUUUCUGAUUGUAACCACCUUGAUAUGCAAUUACAUCGUUGGUCUUUGACAGCCAUUACAUUCGUGUUGUAUAGGUGUAAAGGGCGCAGUAAUAGGAAGUAG